CUCAAUGUUCAUCGUUCACAGCCAAUACCUCGUAACUUGGGUUUUACUAAAAAGACGACGUCAUCCGCCGCCGGUACUUUGUCAGGCUCAGCUCUUCAGCCUAGCCUCUCCCAUUAGCCAGUGGUUGUCCCAGACGCCCCUGAUCAUGGGUUUGCUGCUUGUGACGGAGUGCAACGACCCUCCUUGCCCAAUCGACCCGGGUGGGUUAUGGUUGAAUUUGAAGGUAGCACUCCAGCGCCUUCGACGCAUUCGGAACAACAUCCUGUUCUCGAUCCUUUUAAUUAUGAUCGUGUCUCUGGUCAUUUACAGCGUACUACAGUCCGUUGGCUGCAAGAUCAGUGGCCCAUGACUGAAUCUCGACUAAAUCAUCUCGAGGACAUGAUUAAGGAGGAGAAUAGACUUUCCGUGUCUGUCGACUUAUACUGUGUUACAAAUUGGCGAUUGAUUGCGUCGAACAGUAUGAAGGCGAAAGUAUAUCGCUUUCAGGGGUACCCAAAAGGUUUCUCAGCUGCGGAUCCAUAUGAUCGGGAAGGUGCUCGCCCCCUCGAUGAUGGCCAUUCAUGGAAAUACCCCAGGAUUGAUCCAAAUGAUUUUGUCGAGAACUCCGUCAUCUACCAUCUGAACCGUCCCCACUAUCCCUACCUGACACGCUAUGCUGAUGACCCCCCUCUCGAUUAUCACCAUAUAAUACAAGACGAUCGUCGUAAUAUCGACCCAUGGAUGCUGAGUCCGGGCCUUCGCCAGAAGCUUGAUGAUUGGUUCGAGUCCGUCUUCGAAUUAUACUUGGCCUGGCAUCACCUUGUAUGCUACACCCAAAUUGUCUCCUUUAAGCCUUACUGGCCUAUACCGUCCCAUCAAUUUGCGGCUCUCUAUCCCUUUCGUGCCCAUGAAGGCCAUAAUCCAGAUCCCCUCCUUCUUGCGAACUUCUGCUGUGGCAUAUAUGAAAUGAGAGCUUGGUGUACAUACGUUAUGUUUACCAUGCUUGACGUAGUUCAUCGAUCUGUCACCCGGCCACUGUUGCAUCAUCCAGUCGACGAAAAUAUGAUUGGCGCCACCUUCUUCGAUGACCUUGAUUUGUCUGAUCCCAACAUAUCGACUCUUCAUCGUCAUGGCGUCCCUAUUUUCCAGGUACGGGUGUGGGACGGUCAGAAAACAGCACACAGACCCUCAUCUCAAAUAUACGCACACGCCGCAACAAGCCCCCUAGUCGGGGUGGGGCAGGAUGUUAGAGUCAAUCUCUUCCUCGAGGAAAGCACAUCAAGUAUCCGUCGGGCUUUCCCCUGGAUUGUCUAUCCGUUGACAGAGAUGAAAAUGAAGCAAAGCCUUACGUGGAUUGUUGCAAAUGAGCUGGGCCUGUGCACACACCCUCGACCCAUUGCCCUCCCUGAAAAUACGUUCAUGGUGCUCGAAAAAUGCUUUGGUAGAGGCGUUAAUGUUGAAGCUGUCGCGAAGUCGGACGCUGUCCAUCAACCAAGAGGUUUCCGCGCUCAGCCCUCGACUGACCUUCCUCGUCAUCCUCCACCUUUUCCCCCGCCACCCGCGCCUCCAUUGAUCGUAGGAAGUGUAGCUCCACGACCACAACUCCAGCGUUCCGUUACCCACGUUCUCUCCCCCCAUUCCAGCGCCUCCUGCCUCAAGUGCCCCUUCAGUUUCCGACAGCAGCUCCAGCAGUUCGGACAGUGGGUGCGAACUUGAUAUAGAUAAAACCAUGGCGAUGCAGCAGAAAUAUCCCCAACGGCAGAAUGAAAGCAGGCGGGACUAUUCGAGGCGAAUCUACAAAGAGCUUCAACGAGUGGAAGAAACACGUAAUCAUCCGGAGGGGCGACUGUUGAUAGCUGGUGC